AUGGCUAACCAAGCGCCUGCAUCUCUUGUCGAUGCCUUGACAGCCUCUGGUGGGGCUGAACCAGCAGGGUUCCUCAACGACAUCGUCAAGAACCUUUGGCCAAACAUCUGCGUCGCAGGCUCCAACAUCAUCAAAGAGACUAUCGAGCCCAUCCUCGCCUCGACGCUACCUGGCCCGCUUGGAAACCUACGUUUCACCAAAAUUGACUUCGGUCACAUCCCCAUUGGCUUUUCCAACGUGGAUGUUCACAAGACCAAGAAUGAUGGCAUCAAGCUCGACAUGGAUAUGAAUUGGGAGGGUGUGUGCGACUUUGAACUCGACGGCAAGAUGGUUCCGAAAGUGGGCGUCGAGAGGGUUCACAUGAAGGGCCGAAUUAGCGUACUGUUGUGCCCGUUGACGAAUGUCAUUCCCCUAAUUGGUGCAGCACAAAUCGCCUUCCUCAACACACCAAGUCUCCAGCUUGACUUUACCGACGCCGCAAACAUUGCCGAUUUCUCUGUUAUUGACAGCACAGUCCGCAAAACCAUUCUUGGUAUUAUCGAUGGAAUGGCCGUACUGCCCAACCGCUUCCUCGUCAAGAUGAUGAAUGACGUCGAUUACUUCAAGGCUCACCAGCCUCACCACGGUAUCAUUCGUAUCACCGUAGCCCGAGCAACUGGAAUUGAUGCUCCUAAGAAGGGCGAGAAGAAGAGCACGAUGAGGAAACUACUCUCCAAAGUUAAGCUGGAGGACGUACCAGAUUGCUACGUCAAGGUCAAAGUAGGCGCGGAAGAGGAGUGGAAGACGAGCGUAGUGGAUAAUAACCACGAGCCAGAGUGGAACGAGACCCACGACUUCUUGGUGUCAGACUAUGAGCAGAAUAUCUCCGUGGAUAUCCAGGACGAUGACUUGGCUGGUGACGACGACAUAGGUGUCGGCUCCACCACUGUCAAGGAGAUCCUUCUCAAGGGCGGUUCACAGGAUCUGAGCCUCUCACACAAGGGAAACGCUACCCAAGCGCGACUACUGAUCCACGCCAAAUUCUACAACUUUGUCACUGACGCCCAGAUCCUCUCUUCUGCCAGUGCUCAAGGCCAAGCCGACAGCCAGAUCUGUGGUCUAGCCACCGUACUCAUUGCCAGUGCCAACGGACUUCAGGGCAACCGCGACGAGCUCAACCCCAGCGUCAAGGUUACUUGGGGUGACAAGGCCUUCCAAACGGCGGCGAAGACCUACACUCCCGGCACCGAUAUCUUCAACCCGUCAUUCGAUCAAGCAUUCCGUAUCCCGCUAACUACGGGGAUGCUGGCGAACCCGGGUGCCUUCAAGAUUGCGCUACUAAACAAGAAUGUAGAGUUUGGAAGUGCGCAGGUCGGCUUCCAGGAUGUGAUGAGCGCUGAGGGUAUGGCCGUACGAGACAACUUCGACGUCGGAAAUGGAACUCAGAUCAGGGCUGCAAUUAUGCUGAACGGCGUUAAGUUGGCUGAAUAA